AUGGAGAGCAAGCGCUGCUUUACCAACCCUUUCUCUGACUACAAAGGCAGCUUGCUGACCGGCCAGAGCUGUGAGCCUGGGGUCCCUCUCAUCCUCAGGAAAGUGGAGAGCAUCCUCCAGCAGCUGCCUACGCAGGGGGGCCAGGAGGGCGGGCUGUAUGGAGGGCUGGCCGGGGUGGCUUACAUGCUCUACCAAGUCUCCCAGAGCAAGCUGUUCAUCUCCCAGAGGGAGAGCUACCUGCACAGAGCCUGCAGCCUGAUAGAGUCCUGUGUCCUUUACUAUGACAAUGAGCAGGACAGGGAGACCAGGGCAUCCUUCCUACUAGGUGGGGCUGGGGUCUAUGCAGUGGCUGCCCUCAUCUACAAAGCUUCUGGGCUCAAGGACUUCAAUAAACCUCUCGAGAAGUUUAAGGAACUGUGGAGGAUCUGUGUCCCCCUGGGCUUCCUGGAGUGUGGCUCAGAUGAGCUUUUUGUGGGGAGAAGUGGCUACCUGUGUGCUGUCCUGGUGAUUAAACAGAAGUUGGGUGUUGAGAUACUGACAUGGGUCCAAGUAUUAAGUGUGUGCAUACAGGCUAUAGUUCCAUCUCCCAAGCCAUAUUCACGGAAGAAAAGAAAACCAUUUCCUCUUAUGUAUGCAUAUUAUGGGACAGAAUAUUUAGGUGCAGCUCAUGGUCUGUCAUCUAUUCUUCAAAUACUGCUUUCCUACCAGGACUAUCUCCAGCCUGCAGACAGAGAUCUUGUUUGGCAAAGUGUUGACUUUCUUGUGAACCAAGAACAAAACUGUAACUGGCCACCAGAACUUGGUGGAGUGAUAGAACGAGAGAAUGAACUUGUCCACUGGUGUCAUGGAGCCCCAGGUAUUGCAUACCUUUUUGCCAAAGCAUAUCUACUAUCCAAAAAGCCAAUCUAUCUGGAUUCUUGUAUCCGAUGUGGAGAGUUAACCUGGCAGAAAGGCUUGUUGAAGAAAGGACCUGGAAUUUGUCAUGGAGUUGCUGGCAGUGCCUAUGUAUUUUUAUUACUUUACAGAAUUACUGGUAACUCCAAAUACAUUUACAGAGCACAAAGGUUUGCAGAAUUCCUUUUUUCAGACAAAUUCCGUGUUGGAUCCUGUACUGUUGAAAACAUUUACAGUCUCUAUGAAGGCCUUGCAGGGACAGUAUGUUUUUUGGUUGAUUUGCUGCAACCUAACCAGGCAGAGUUUCCUCUUUUUAGUGUCUUUGUCUAAAGCCAUUGUGUGCUAUGAGGGGGAUUUUGCUAUGAACAAACCUGCCUUGUAACAUUUAAUCCUAAACAAUCCAAGAGAUGUGCACAUUUUUCACAUAGAAAACAAAUGGCUGCUUUUAAAAAUACAAAGAUAGAUCAAUUAGAUCACAAGUAAAUUAAUGCAGGGAGACUAUUUUUUAA